AUGGGUCUUCUUGAAGACAAAUACAUAGGCCUUGCGCUCGCCGUUUCUUCUUCCUUGGCGAUUGGGACAUCUUUUGUUGGUUUCCCAAUCAUAACCAAAAAAGGUCUUAUCGAUGCUGCCGAUAGGGAAUCAGGUCCAUCGACCAAGACACAUACAUACCUCAGGAAUCCAAUCUGGUGGGCUGGUAUGACAACUAUGGUCGUCGGUGAGGUGGCCAACUUCGCCGCGUAUACGUUUGCUCCCCCUAUCCUCGUAACUCCACUUGGUGCGCUGUCUGUGCUUAUUGGUGCUGUGUUGGCUUCGUUUUUCCUUCAGGAAAAGCUAGGAAGGAUAGGUAAAAUUGGUUGUGCUCUGUGUUUGCUUGGCUCAAUCAUCAUUGUCCUGCAUGCACCGGAGGAUAAGGAGAUCAAAACGGUGGAGGAAAUUCUAGGCUAUGCCAUGCAUCCUGGGUUCAUGUUCUAUUGUUUUUUCGUAUUGGUGUUCAGCGUUUUCAUGAUCUACAAAGUCUCCCCGACUUAUGGAUCUCGGGAACCGAUCGUAUACAUCUCGAUUUGCUCAUUGGUCGGCUCAGUCAGCGUGAUGGCCAUCAAGGGAUUCGGCGUGGCAAUCAAACUGACCUUGGCCGGAUCCAAUCAGUUGACCCAUCUGCCAACUUACGUAUUUGCUAUUGUCGUUGCUGGCUGUAUCGUCGUCCAGAUGAAUUACUUCAACAAAGCCCUCGACCAGUUCUCAACCAACGUGGUCAAUCCGAUCUACUACGUUUGUUUCUCGACGGCUACGAUUGUCUCCUCAUUGAUACUUUUUCAAGGCUUCGGUACACAGGACGCAGUCAACACGUUAUCUCUGCUCAUGGGCUUUUUUGUGACCUUCCUUGGAGUGUAUCUGCUGAAUAUUUCCCGGCUCGACCCGACUGGGACAGCACAAAAUCAGGACCGAAGUCUAGAGAGCGGACGUAUGAGUCUGGACGCGUCUCGGGUGAGCUUGAGUUCUGAACAGCCGCUGACGCAUCAUCCGAUCCAUCGGUCCUACCAUCGAUCGAGCAUGCCCUCUUCGGCCAACCCCUUCCAUCCCUCCCCUCAGGGACAACUAGGCACCUACCGGAGCCAGGAUAGCGUGCUGUUUGACGCCUUUCCUGAAGAAAGCGUCGGCCUGACCCUCAUGAACACUUCAGAAGAAGAAGAGGAUGACGAUUCUCAUCCAGAUCUAUAUCAACAUCACCGUUCAACUAGCAAAAAUCACCCCGAUUGCCCUCGAAAAUCUGAAUUCCCCAUCGCAUCUCUAAGGGAUCUUAAGCCUGACCACUCUCCUACAACAAGAGCUCCUGAUGGCCGUCUCAGUCCACUUGAAACCAACCCAAAUCCUCUUCCUUCUACCGACGAAUCAUCUCCUCACUCCUGA